GCUGCCGCGGGAGGCGCCGGGAUCGUGGCGGUUCCGCAGCGGGAGGACCGCGGAGGGAGGUGGGGGGCGGGUCGUGGGCCCGUGGGCUUCACCUCGCGUGUCUCCGCAGGUCCCCGCCGAGAUGUUUUUCACGUGUGGCCCCAACGAGGCCAUGGUGGUGUCGGGUUUCUGCCGCAGCCCACCCGUGAUGGUGGCCGGGGGGCGGGUGCUGGUGGUGCCGUGUCUGCAGCAGAUCCAGCGGAUCUCCCUGAACACCCUGACCCUCAACGUGCGCAGUGAGAAGGUGUACACACGCCACGGCGUCCCCAUCUCCGUCACCGGCAUCGCCCAGGUGAAGAUCCAAGGGCAGAACAAGGAGAUGCUGGCGGCCGCCUGCCAGAUGUUUCUGGGCAAGUCAGAGAGCGAGAUCGCCCAGAUCGCCCUGGAGACCCUCGAGGGCCACCAGCGCGCCAUCAUGGCCCACAUGACCGUGGAGGAGAUCUACAAGGACCGGCAGAAGUUCUCAGAGCAGGUUUUCAACGUGGCCUCGUCCGACCUCGUCAACAUGGGGAUCAGCGUGGUCAGCUACACCCUGAAGGACAUCCACGAUGACCAGGACUACCUGCACUCGCUGGGGAAGGGUCGCACGGCGCAGGUCCAGCGCGACGCCCGCGUGGGAGAGGCCGAGGCCAAGCGGGACGCCGGCAUCCGCGAAGCGCGGGCGCGCCAGGAGCAGGUCUCGGCGCAGCUGCUGAGCGAGACGGCGAUGGCGCAGGCCCAGCGCGACUUCCAGGUGCAGCAGGCGUUGUGUGACGCCGCCGUCAGCGCCCGUAAAGCCCAGGCCGACCUGGCUUACCAGCUACAGGUGGCGAGGACGAAGCAGCAGAUCGAGGAGCAGCGGGCGCAGGUGCUGGUGGUGGAGCGGGCGCAGCAGGCGCAGCUGCAGGAGCACGAGAUCGGCCGCCGCGAGCGUGAGCUGGAGGCCACCGUCCGCAAGCCCGCCGAGGCCGAGCGCUACCGCCUCGAGCGCCUGGCCGAGGCCCAGCGGUCCCAGGUGAUGAUGCAGGCGGAGGCCGAGGCCGAGGCCAUGAGGCCGCCUCUCGCAGGUGACGGGCGCGGCGCGGGCGGCGGCGGUGGCCGCCCGGGCGCGGGCGGAGGCGGCGCAGACGGCGGCGAAGGCCGAGGCCUUCGGGCAGUACCAGGAGGCCGCCGUGGUCGACAUGGUGCUGCAGCGGCUGCCCCAGGUGGCGGAGGCGGUAGCGCAGCCACUGUUGGGGACGCGUCGAGUGACGCUGGUGGCCGGCGGCUCCGGGGACAUCGGGGUGUCGCGGCUCCCGGGGGAGAUCCUGGACGUCGUCACCCGCCUGCCCGCUGCCGUCGAGGCUCUCACGGGCGUCAGCGUCACCCAGGCCAACCAGAAGAAGGCGGAGUGCCAGGCUUGAGCCAGUGCCAGCGUGUCCCCGAAGUGCCACCAGACACUGGUGCCACCCUGCCUGGGCAGGUGCCACCACCCCUUGGCGCCCCCGUCCCCACGGUGCCACCACCCCUUGGCGCCUGUCCUGCCCAAGUGCCACCACCUCCCAGCAAUAGUGUCCCCCAAGUGCCACGAGCCCCUGGUGCCUCCAUGUCCCCCAAGUGCCACUACCCCCACGGUGCCACCAUGUCCCCCAACUGCCACAAUGACACUGUGCCCCGCCCCCACAACCCCACAGCGCUUCCGUGUCCCCAAAGUGCCACCAAGGCUCAGUGCCAUCCCCUGCUCUGUGCCACCACCCUCCCAUCUAUCAGGGGUUGGGGGUGUCCCCAGGGUGGGGGCUAUGUCCCCAAAUCAUUAAAGCUGCAGCGUCUGCACUGGACAGACCUGGGUCCCUUGGGGGGGGGAGGGAUUUGGGGACACGGGGAGGGACGGGGGUGGGUCACCCUUGAAGGGACAUUCUGGCAGGGGGAUGUGGGGACAUCGGGUGGAGGACUUGGGGUGGGGGCCACCAGAGGUGACACAUAGAUGAGAGCAGACCCCAGAGGGGGACACGGGGGACAGGGGCACCCCCCCAGGAGGGGGACAGGAAGGACGUUGGGGUCACCCAGGAGUGGGGGGGGGACACACACAACUGGGACACCCAACCCCCCACGGAGACCCUCAAAAAGGACCCGGAGGGCCCCAGGGACACCCCACGACAUGGGGACAGGAAGGGGACAAGGGACACAGUGGUGGCUUUACAUCCCGGGUUUAUUCCUCGCCCGGGGGCGGCUUUUCAAUAUGAAAAACAAAAAAAAAAAAGAAAAAAAGGUGGUGGGGGGGAAAGCUUAAAAAGGGGAAAAAUGAACCAAAGCGGGAUGGAUGAGGUGGGGACGGGACACAGGGACAGGAGAGCCCCUGGUUGGGGACACAGGGGACAGGGCCACCCGGGAGCCCCCUGCAGCUGGAGUGGUGGUUUUGGGUGGAAACGGGAGCAAAUUAGUGCCCCAGGGGCUGCAAUAAUUUAGCGGUGAUGUCACCCCCGGGGGGGGGGCGGGAUACGGGGCUGAGGGGGGGUGACGUGGAAGGGAUGGUGGCUCUGCCAGUGACAAGGGGCCUUCUGGUGACAACAGAGAGGGGAGGGGGACUGCGGUGACAAAGAUGGUGGCGAAGGACGGGGACGCGGCGAGGAUGAGGACUCCGGUGACGAUGAUGAAGGACAGGGGGUUCUGCGAGGACGAGGACUCUCUGGUGACGAUGAUGAAGGGCUCUUCACUGACCAUGAAGGACUGGGGCUCUC